AUUUUACGCCCAAAAUGGCGGCACGGUUGAAAAGUUUGGACUGUUUUGUUCGACUUUGUUUUCCGCUAAUUCACCGAAGCGUGUAGCUUAAAAAACACCUACGGCUUCUCUUCGAAACGCUCGUUUAAUGUCCCCACGCGUAAAGACCUCGGGACGCGUCCAGAAAUAAAGAAUGGCGCGUAAAUUCAGUCUCACGUUACCCAUGCUAGGCUAACAAGCUAGGCGAACAUCGGAAGGAGUUCCCGGUCUUGGAAAAAAAGCUUCGUUUUGGUUAUGUCGAGUCUUGCUUGGACGUUGGAAGAGACGACGAGCCGAACAUGAAGAAGACGACCUUGUCGUAGAAAUGGAGGAAGAUGUGAAAAAAGUGAAAAAGCCUGGUAUCGUGUCGCCCUUCAAGCGGGUCUUCCUGAAGGGCGAAAAGGGACGGGACAAGAAAGCGCAGGAGAAGUCCACAGAGCGCCGGGCACUCCACACCGUCUCCCUCUCGCAGCCCGACCACCGCAUUGACCCUGACAUCCUGCUCAAUGACUACAUCGAGAAGGAAGUCAAAUAUUUGGGCCAGCUUACAUCUGUGCCAGGAUACUUGAACCCAUCAAGCAGGACUGAAGUUCUCCAGCUCAUAGACAACGCAAGAAAGUCGCAUCAGUUGGCGGGCCAGCUGACGUCUGAGCAGGACGCGGUAGUCAGCUUGUCGGCGUACAACGUCAAGCUCGUUUGGCGUGACGGCGAGGACAUCAUCCUGAGGGUGCCCAUCCACGACAUCGCCGCCGUCUCGUACAUCCGCGACGACUCUUUGCACCUCGUCGUUCUGAAGACUGCCCAAGAAUCCGGAGGUUCUCCCUGUCCCAGCUCCUGUCCCGACAUCAACAAAUCCCAGACACUGAGCUCCUUGUCGGAGAGCGGCGCCGUGCUAGUGGAAGUGUGCUGUCUUCUCGUGCUCGCCGUUGACAACAAGGCAGCAGCAGAGGAACUUUGCCUUCUUCUCAGCCAAGUCUUUCAAAUCGUCUAUACAGAGUCCACCAUCGACUUUUUGGACAGAGCCAUCUUUGACGGCGCCACCACACCCACGAGACAUCUUUCUCUCUACAGUGAUGAUUCGUCAAGCAAAGUGGACAUUAAAGAAGCAUUCGAAGGAGAGACCAGCCCUUUUCCUUUCCAGGCGUCGGGGGACGCCAACAGCAGCUCUCCGCCAGCUUCCGGCCCCGCCUCCCCUCAGACUAAGACUGCGAGCGAAGGGGAGCUCAGCACCACGGCCGCCGAGCUGCUACAGGACUACAUGACCACGCUACGCACAAAGCUGUCAUCGCAAGAAAUCCAGCAGUUUGCGGCGCUGCUGCACGAAUACCGCAACGGCUCGUCCAUCCACGAGUUCUGCAUUAACCUGCGGCAGCUGUACGGCGAUAGCAGGAAGUUCCUGCUGCUUGGCCUGCGCCCCUUCAUCCCCGAAAAGGACAGCCAACACUUUGAAAACUUCCUGGAGACCAUCGGCGUCAAGGACGGCCGCGGCAUCAUCACCGACAGCUUCGGCCGCUACCGGCGGACGGCCGGCUCCGCCUCCGACACGGCCGCCAACGGCGACGGGGCGGCGGACGGAGGCGGUGACGGCGGCGCCUCCGACGAGGGCCCCGAGGAGACGUCGGAGGGCGACGAGUGGGACCGCAUGAUCAGCGAUAUCAGCAGCGACAUUGAAGCGCUAGGCUGUAGCAUGGACGGCGAAGGCGCGGCGCUGUAACCUACCGAUUAAUCCCACCGUCACACAGAAGGU